CUCCAGCGGUGGGAGGUGGAGGUGUGUGUGCGUCGGGAGGGAGCCGUCGUGGAUGAAGGGGAUAAACGGAGUUUGUUUUGGAUGGGGGACAACCGGGGGAAGAGCAGCAGAGUCCGUGAGAGAGUCAACGGCCAGUACCGACCUGCAGCUGGACCGAACCACAGCGAAUCAUGAUGUCCUCCCUGCUCCUUUCUAACACCCUCUGCAUCCUGCUGCUCCUCUGCAUCCCUGCAGUCAACACAGCAAAAUGUCCACAGCAGUGUAUCUGUGACCAGAUCCAGCUCACCGUGACCUGCGUCAACAAGAACCUGACCCAAGUUCCUCCUACUGUUGAUGAGAUCACAGUGAAAUUGGAUCUUCGAGGUAACGACAUCCAGGAGCUUCCUACUGGGGCUUUCAAACACACUCCUUACCUCACCCACCUGUCGCUGCAGCGCUGUAACAUCCGCAGGGUGAAGGAGGGGGCUUUCCGUGGCCUCGGUCGCCUGGUCUUCCUCAACCUGGCCAACAACAACAUUGACAUCCUCUACCAGGAGUCGUUCGAUGGUCUGUCCUCGCUGAAGCAGCUCAUGAUCGACCGUAACCGUGUGGAGGAGAUCCAGCCCGGAGCUGUCUCUCAGCUGGGCUUCCUCAACCUGCUCUCCAUCACACACAACCAGCUGGUCUACAUCCCCAACAUGGCCUUCCAGGGCUUGCAGAACAUCAAGUGGCUUCGUCUCAGUCACAACUCUCUGAACUUUUUGGACAUCGAGGCCUUUGCUGGUCUCUUUACGCUCACCCGACUCAGUCUGGACCACAACGAGCUGCAGUUCUUCCCCACUGAGACCAUGACCAGACUGCCAGAAGUGACUCGUCUUGAUCUGGGCUACAACCCUAUGACGUACCUGGGAGAGGAUGCGGUGUCCAUGGCCAAGCUGACCCACCUCUUCAUGGACCACAUGUCCCUGCAGGACCUGGCCAACACGGCUGUAUCUAAAUCCCCCAACCUCGUCCACCUGGACAUCAGCCACAACCAGCUGCGUGUCAUCCAGCCUUUUUCUGAAAGUUCACCCAAGCUGGCACGCCUCAACCUUGCAGGAAACCCCAUCUACUGCAACUGCUACCUGCGCCCGCUCAAAGAGUGGGCGAUCCGUAACAAAGUGAAGCUGAUGGGGACGUGUGGAGGACCGGCUCAUCUUUCAGGAGAGAAUCUGGAGGCCGUCUACCCUCCAGAGCUGCGUUGCCAGAGCCAGGAGGCCAUGCUGAAGGCGGAGUUCGAGGAAGCAACCAGGAACGCACCACCACCGACUGAGAAGCCCGAGAACAAGGUCAAGUGUCCCGCCAACUGUGUGUGUGAGGGGGAGACACACCACUCUUCAUGUGAGAACCGGGGCCACACUAAAGUUCCUCGGGGUUUCUCUCCCAACACGCGUCUCCUGGACCUUCGUGGAAACAACUUCCACUACAUCCCCAGCAACAGCUUCCCUGGUGUGGCCCAGGUGGUGUCUCUGCACCUGCAGCACUGCAAGAUCGUGGAGGUGGAGGGAGGAGCCUUCAGUGGGAUGAAGGGUCUCAUAUACCUUUACCUGUCCGAGAAUGACCUUACAUCCCUCAGCCCUGACGCCUUUAAAGGUCUACCUCAGCUCACUUACCUCCACCUGGAGAAGAACCGCUUCACCAGCUUCCCUAAAGGAGCCUUCAAACUGGUGCCCAGUCUGCUGGCACUUCACUUGGAGAACAACACCAUCACCAAGCUGGAGCCAGGUAUCAUGAGUGGAGCUGAAAGCCUCAGAGCCCUCUACCUCACCGGCAAUGCCAUCGAGAAUGUGUCGCCCAGAGCUCUGGACCAGGCCAGCGAUCUCGAUACCCUCCACCUGGGUGGAAACAAGCUGAAGGAGAUUCCUACUGAAGCCCUGAGGAAGGCUGGGAACCUCAGAGACCUCAGACUAUCUGGAAAUGUAAUCCGCUGGGUGGGGCCGAAUGCUUUUCUGCCCUUGGAGAGGUCACUGAAGGAGCUCUAUCUGGAUAACAUGGGACUGGAGAAAAUGUCACAGAACUCCCUGGCUGGACUGGGUCCAGGGCUGAGGAGUCUGUUUCUGGAGGGCAACCAGCUGGAGGAGGUGCCAGACCUCCAUCCACUCACUUCUCUGGAGGUCAUCAACCUAGCUGACAACCCUCUGAUGUGUGACUGCCCUCUGCUGCCACUACGCAUGUGGAUUGAGAAGGUUAACCUGAUGGUGCGAGCCACCUGUGCCAAUCCUCCUGAACUGAGAGGUCGAAGAGUCAAGGAUGUCCACGUUUUCAAAGCCUGCCCCGGGGGAGAGAGUCUGCCCACUGCCCCGACCGUCACCCCCAAGCCAGCCAAAGCCCCCAAAGCGACCAAACCCAAACCGAUGCACCUCAAUGGCCUUCGGCAGGUCAAAAUGCUCAAAGCCAAAUCCAAGCCUCGCAAGAGUCCAAAUGCAAAACAGGGAGCAGCAAAGAAAUCCUCCAAAACCACAAAAAGACGCAGCAUGGCUUAAAUCUGCUGCAUCUCACUUCUGUACUGUUUUUCCAGAAAUUCCAGUAAACUGGCAACAAAGAUUUUCAGGUUAAACAUCGGCCUGAACUCUCUGAC